GGACAGUCCGCCCGCUGCCCGCCGCUGCUCGGACCACCCGGACCUGAUCCCACAUGAGAACCCCUGGAGACCACCAGCUGCUGGUUCUUUGUUUGGGUUUUAUCCUGAGAAAACUGAACCUGUGACUAAAGAGAACAGAGCUGGGAGCUUUUGCGUUGGUAUCAGCACCCUGCCAGGGAUGAUGGGGAAGAUGAAGGAUUAAGAGUUAAUCCGGGAUGGCUCCAGAGUGUGACCACAGAACCCUCUGCAGCAGAACCUAUUUCUGAAGCUGAAGUGGACGAAGCCAAAGCCUCAAGCAAGCCAGGCACUUCGACCGCGCUCCUGCAGGACCGGCUACAUCCAGGAACACGACUGCACAGUAUUCCCCUCAACUUCUGCCUGUUUCCUUUGGCCCACUUUGCAGAGCAACACUACAAAGAGCAGUGAUUAUAUUCCACUGAACUGUUUGGCACUGCUGUCUCUGAGCUUUUUUUAUCAACAGAAAUCACACAGUCUCAGGAUCUCGGAGUAGCCUUUGCAAGUUUUUUUGUUUUGUUUUGUUUCCAGAUCCAAGUUUUGCUCCUGAGAUUUUUGGAUUUGGAAACGGGAAUCCAGUGACUGACUUGAGAGGUUUUAAAAUCAAUCUUUACCGUUUGACUCUUUGGGAUCAUGAAUCUUCAAGAAAAGCUGUCAGGCCUCAAAGGUCUGGUCUCGCACUCCCACAGCAAGCGCCGUCACAAAAGCGACCUCACGGUGGACAUGAUCAGCCCCCCGCUCGGCGACUUCCGGCACACCAUGCACGUGGGCCGUGGUGGAGACGUGUUCGGGGACACCUCCUUCCUGAGCAAUCACGGCGGGACAUCUGCUGGGAGUAACGGGGAGACGGAUUUGGUGUCUUCCCCGGACAACAAGAUCGGGGCGUUCUUUUCCAGAACGCUCAGGCAAAUCAGGAGGGGCUCCGACAACCGCCCCAGAGAGGGAUCGAAGGAGCUGUCCCCGCCGCCUCCGGCCAUUUCUCCCAUCAUUAAGAACGCCAUCUCCCUCCCCAGGCUGGACAUGGACAUGUCCAAUGGAAGUCCCACCACCAAAAUGCUUUUUGCCAGUUCCCAGAACACACCAGAGGAGAGGAAGAGCUCUUACGGCGUGGAGUCUGGUUUCGUCACCCUGCCCCGUCUUUCCCGCUCUGAGCGCCAGCAGCCGUCUAACUCCACCCCCAUGCCAGCCAACAUCCACCGAGGGUCUCUGACUGACCCAUCCGAUGCCCUCCUGUCCACCUGCUCCACCUCCACGGUGACCUCCAAACCCACCAGCAGCACUGCGUACUCCGAUUCCCUCCCUUCCCUCGCCUCCCUGGACGCGUUCACCUUCGAUCUGGGCCCCUCCCUCUUCAGCGAGGUGUUCAGCCUGAUUGACGGCCACUCGGACGAGUGCGUUCCCAAAUCGGAAAGUGAACAGGAGCCACAAAGUGAAGGAUCGGAGAUGGGCUCGGCUACGCUCUCAUAUGUGGAUUCCUUGCUGAUGGAGGAUUGCCGCGGCGGGAAGAGCCCACGUGCAGCCGACUUCAAAGAGGACGAAACUGUGAUGAAGGUGAACAGAGUUGAGUUCUCCGGUAAGGUCCCGGAUGUGUUGAUUGGGUCUCCUGAUCGUGCAGGGGUAAGGAUGGAAAGUGAACGGUUCCGGAGCGCUACAGAUGUGCUCGCUUGUCACUACGGCAUCAGCUUCUUACAGAUACAGAACGGGAUGGAGUCUGGAGAGCCUGAGCUCGUUGCCUCGAGCCAGCCAAAGAAAAAACAGCCCUACAGUUUCAUGGACGAUGAGGAUGAAAUCAAAGUCUGACACAAACAACUCAAAAAACCAUUCCUUUAUAAUUCCAAUCCAACCAUAAUAAACCUUUUAUAAUCAUAUAAACAUGACAUGAAUUCCAGUAUUUUUAAUCAUUGCUUCUUAUUUUCWAUGCAUAACUGCUUCAAGGAUGUACAGUUUGGGUGCAAACGUUUGGCUGAAUGUAUCAAAAAGGACAAAAAGAGGCUGUUUUUCUGCCUCGAACAGAAAGGAGGUAUGGAAAGUGAAGAUGUGCUGGAGAAAGUGGUCAAGAUCGCCUGGAGGGAACCAAAGACUUGACUCAGUGUGGAGCCGGUGAUUUACGCACUUCCUCUUGUUUCAAGGGGACGUCGCUGCUGAGAACAAAGGGAGGAAGUGCAGAGAAGGAACCGCACAGCAACUCUUUGCGCUUAACUUUACUCUCAGGAAUAAUAACAUCAGGAGAGGAAAAAAGGGAACAGAGCAAUAAAACGUGGAAUCUUUUAUAUUACCUCUAAUAAUUCCAGCUUCAUAUGAUAAAUCAGAGGAAAGUAGGUAAUUACACUACAUGAACUAAGUAUUGUUUCUUUUGAAAGAUUUAUAGUUUAUGCUGCAGAGCUUUAAUAUGCACCUUUUUUGGAAUAUGAAGUCUUGUAUUUUUUUAAAAGGAAUACGUUAUUUUAUAUAACUGCACAUGAAAAUAUUAGCUACUAUGAAUAUUACAGUAUGAGUGCAACUCCCAUCCAUAUACUGCAGUUGUAUGUAAAAUGAAUAAAUGAAAUGACAAUAAGGGAUGCUUUUAAUAUGAUGUGCKUUAAUUGACAUUGUUUUUACUCCUGGGUAAAGGAAUACUGAAUCAAUAAACAUCAAAGAAAA